GUGCUAAGUAGCGGUCUGGCCGCAGAGUCCGCGUACGUGCGGAACCAGAGAUGCAGGCUCGGUUUCCUAUAGGUCGCGAAGAGCAGAGCAACCCGGGCUGCCUCAUGCCCUGCGGAGGUACGCUUGCCUCCUGGUACGCGUUCUCCCGUGGUCGCCACUGAGUCCAAGUCUCUUCCCUGCUGGUCCGGCUACGAAGGGCGAGAAGAUGAAGGCGAAGGCCACCGCGCCGGUGCCCCAACCUGGGCUUAUCAAGAAGCUCGCUCGGAAGAAAGCCAAGAAGAAGUUCAGGAAGAGCAAAGUGCAGGGAGGGAGCAGAGCUCCGGGAAACCGCCCGGCAGCUGUCGCAGGCAGACCACCGAAGGCCCCAGAGGACUUUUCUCAGAAUUGGAAGGCUCUGCAAGAGCUGCUGAAACAAAAGUCACAGGCCCCAGAAAAACCUCUUGUCUCUCAGAUGGAUGACAAAAUGCAUCCUCAAAUAAUCCAGCAGAAUAGAAAAGAGACCUCAGAUAAAUCAAAGGGAGACAAAAAGAGGACAGAAAAAGACCAGACCACUAGGGGUUCUGUUACGCCUGCAUCUAAGAAGGACAGGAAGAUACUAGUACCUCCCACAAAUAUCUCUGGAACAGAGCAGAAGAAAGGAGCAACGAAGACAUAUAGGGACAUCUCUUCUCAUCAAGGGGAUAUCAAGCGUAAGUGGAAAGCAGAGGAGGCAGCUGUCGUCUUGAAUCAGUCCACACCCUCUGAGGAAGACAUUUGGUUUGAUGAUGUGGAUCCAGAUGAUAUUGAGGCUGCCAUAGGCCCAGAGGCAGCUAUGCUGGUACGGAAGCGGCUGGGGCAGAGCAAGAGUACAAUCUCCCUGGUGAAGGAACAGGCCUUUAGUGGCUUGACAAAAGCCUUGGCCCUGGAUUGUGAAAUGGUAGGCGUGGGCCCCAAAGGGGAAGAGAGCAUCGCAGCCCGUGUAUCCAUCGUGAACCAGUAUGGGAAGUGUGUUUAUGACAAGUACGUCAAGCCAGCUGAGCCGGUGACUGACUACAGGACAGCCGUCAGUGGGAUACGGCCUGAGAACUUGAAGCAGGGAGAAGAAUUUGAAGUUGUGAAGAAGGAAGUGGCAGAAAUGUUGAAGGGCAGAAUCCUGGUGGGGCAUGCACUGCACAAUGAUUUAAAGGUUCUGUUCCUUGAUCAUCCAAAAAAGAAAAUCAGGGACACCCAAAAAUUCAAACCAUUCAAGAGACAAGUAAGGAGUGGAAGACCAUCUCUGAAACAACUUUCUGAGAAAAUUCUGGGGAUCAGGGUCCAGCAGGCCGAGCAUUGUUCAGUCCAGGAUGCCCAGGCAGCAAUGAGACUUUACAUCAUGGUAAAACGUGAGUGGGAGAGCAUUAUUGCAGACCGACGCCCCCCAGCUACCACUCCAGACCACAACGAGUAUGCUUAGCACCAUCCUGCUGCAGUCACCACCACCCCUGUCCUUCAGUGACUCCUCAAUCCAGUGACAGUUGGGAUGGGGUUAUGGAGGCCUGUCUGGUCUCUGUACUCCCUCUGGUGAACAGUCUCAGCCAUGGCUGCAGGGGUUUGGCAUGUGAGCUGCUAGAACUUCCGCCUCAACUCUGCUAUCGAGGCCUGGUCCUGCACCUGUGUGUUGAGGUAGACUGGUCAGAUAGGGGGCCAGAAGUCAGGGAUGUGUUGUAGGUUUAGAGGAAGGAGAGCAUUGGGUGAGUGUGCUACAGAGUCUCUGUUGACCUCCUGUGCUACCACUUAACAAUGAGCAUAGCGGGAUUCAGCCUGUGCACUCAACACUUUAAGGAGCAAGCAGCAUUUUCACCUCUUACAGGUAAGGGGAUAAGUUUUGUUGGACCUAAGGGAUCCAGGCUAAGGGCUUUCAGUUUGCUGCAAACCAAUCUGGCCAGCACAGGAACUGCUCAUUGAGAACUUUCGUCAAGCUACUGGGCUGGAGGUACUUUCUCACUCCUUUGUGCUUUGCUUUGCCCAUAAUCAUCUAAACUGCCAAUGUCCAGUACUGUGUUCUCCACACAGCCCUUGUGGUGAGACUUAGGGCACAGGUAUACCUGGAGGAUGAAGAUCCUACCACCCGGGGCAGUGUGAGCAGAAAGGCUAUCUGCCCACUGUCCUGCCAGUAGUUCUGGCUAGCAACAAGUACAAAGUGACCAGUGAAUUUAAUGAACGUGACAACUCUUUGAACAGGUGCACCCAUGCACAUGAUGAUAGAUGUCUGACUCAGAGCACUUGUCUACUAUGUGCAAGACCCUGGGUUCCAUUUCCAGUACCGUCAAAAAUAAAUGGAUGCUUAAAAAUGGGA